AUGGGGACGAUCCUCGGGAAGCAGCGCUACAACGAGGAGCCGGUCGAGCUCAUGCGCGAGACCAAGGACGCUCGCCGACGUCCGCGACCUCUACGCGCGCUUCCGCAAGACUGGGGCUUUGCCAUCACCGAGAGCCAACUCGAGUCGCUCAUCCUGCUCAAGCAGCCAGACGCGGUCUCGAUCAAGGAGAUCUUUGCCAUCCUCGACGCGACGCGCGACGGCAAGCAAGAUGGACGCAUCGACGGCCUCGAGUUCAUUGGCGGCCUCACCGUCAUCUGCCAAGACACGUUUGAAGAGAAGGCCCGGUUUGCCUUUGAAGUGUUCGACUUCAACUUGAACGGAUCGCUCUCGCCCAUCGAGCUCGCCCUCCUCAUGCGGUCGUGCUACGGCGGGAUCACGAUCCUCACGGGCGGUUGCCUCGCGUCCGUGCCGCCGAUCCCGACGUUUGUCCAAGUCGCACAGCAAGCGUUCUCACGCUUUGGCCGGGACCAGAGCGACGCACUCAACUAUGAGGAGUUUAUUGCGUGGGCGCGCAGCAACCGCGAGUUCAUGCUCUACAUGGACGCCUUCCGGCUCAUCUCCGAGACAGCCAAGGAACGCGUGCCCGAAGCCGAGUGGAUCCAAGAGGCCAGCGACGACGACUCGGACAUUGAGGUCGAAUGCUGCACACCGCCACCAAGCCUGGCGCCUCCGACCAAGCCCGCGACAAGUGCAUCUCCGUUUCAGCUCGAACCGUGGAUGGUCGAGCCACUCAACCCAAAGCCGGCGCCGCGCCGCCUCCCCCCCGUCAACAUCUCCCUCGAGUGGGUCUAUGGCUACCGGGGAUACGACGCUCGGAACAACGUACGGUACACGUGCCAUGGGGACAUUGUCUACUCGGUCUCUCGCCACGCGAUCGUGUACAACGCGGUGCGGCACGAACAACGCUACUACGAGGGACAUACGAAUGCGAUCCUGUCGCUGGCCGUGUGUGCCAACGGCGACAAGGUCGCGACGGGAGAUGUCGGCCCCAACUGCGCGAUCCAUGUCUGGUCGCCGCUCUCGCUCGACUGCCUCUCGAUUCUAUCGCAGUUUCACGACGACGGCAUCGCGCUCCUUGCAUUUGCGCAGCGCUACGAUACCCAGCUCGUCUCGGUCGGGUUGGACCCAAACCACCGCAUUGCCGUGUGGGACUGGCCCUCGAAGAGCGUCGUCGCGUCUGGCAUUGGGUCGACGCGAAAAGCGCUGGCGGUGGCGAUCCACGACAACGGCCAAGAAGUGGUGGUCGCAGGCGACAAGUCGCUCGAGUUUUUCUCGGUCGAGAACCGCAUUUUAAAAAAGGAGCGCGCGGCGCUCGGCACGAUGGGCAUCUGGCAAGGGUUUCUCUCGGUCGUGUACUACCAGUCGUAUGUGAUUGUGGGCACGAGUCUCGGUCAGCUGUACCAGUUCCAGAACCGCCGGCUCGUCCGCACAACGCAAGCCCACCCAAUCAAGGAGUCGGUCAACUGCCUCUACGUCGCGCGCGCGUCGCUCUUCUCGGGCGGAAAGGAUGGAACGAUCCAUCAGUGGGACUCGACGCUGCAGACGAUUGGCCACCCGAUGGACUUGAGUACACUGCCGCUGUCGCUCUCGGACUUUCGCAUCACGAGUCUCUGUUACAACUACAACGACGAGACGAAUCAAGGGACACUGCUUGUGGGUACGCGCUCGUGCAAAAUUCUGCAAGUCAACGAAGUUUCGGGCGCCGUGACCCUUGUCACGGCGUUCCAUCAGCACGAAGCGAUCUCGGGCCUCGCGACAACACCCAAGCGCGCCGAGUUUGCGUCCUGCGGCCUCGACCGCGUCGUGCGUCGGUGGAGUCUCCGGAAGCGCGAGCCGCUCACGAGCAUGCCGCUGCUCAUGUACGCUCCCGGGAAGUGCCUCGCGUACGCCACGAGCGGCGACUGGCUGGCCAUGGGCUGCGCGGACGGCACAAUUGUGCUUUUGGACCACAAGUGUACCAAGAUGCUGUGCAAUUUUCGGCAUGCCCAAGCAGCGAUUGUUGCGAUCCAGUGGGCCAACAAUGACCAGCUGCUCGCGGCGUCUGGUGCCAACGGACUCAUUUACGUCUACCGCGUCGAGCCGACAACCGCAGCGACGUUUCGUCUCUGCCAGCAGUGCCUCCUCAAGCCUCUGGCCAACGAAGCCGCGGUGCCUGGGACAUCGCUGGAUUUCUCCGUCGACAAUCGGUACCUGCAGAGCCAGCACGGCAGCGGACUCCGCUUCUGGGACCUCCUCUCGGCCACGCGCGUCUCGGUCGUCCAGCACGUGCGCGAUACGCUGUGGAGCUCGUUCCGCAGUCGAAUUGGCUACUCGGUGCAGAUGCUGCAUGCUAACCACGACGAGAUCUCGGCCGCGUGCGUCAACCGUCACCAGACCCUCCUCGCGGCCGUCACUCGCAACGGAAGCAUUGCACUUCGUGCGUACCCUGCACUGGACAACCUCGCCAAGUGCGUCUUGGGCCACAGUCCGCACGACCUCGCGUACCUCGGUUUCGCACGCAACGACGGGCUCCUCGUCUCGGCCACCACCGCCGACCACUGCAUUUGCCAGUGGAAGAUCACAAAGGAGGCUGCCGACGAGCAGCCGCGCCCCAAGCACGUCGUGUCGGCGGCGGAAGACCCGUGCGCGGAUGCCCACCUCUUGCAGUGGACGCCGCCAAGCGAGCGCAGUCGGCCUAAUCCCGCCAUGGCCACGCUCCUGACCCCAUCGUACUACACGCCGAAUCCCCACCACAAGGCGUACGCAGCUCGACUCGGCGAUAGAAUCCAUACGUGCUGGCGUAGGGAGGCGCCCGACUUGGACCUCGAGCUCGCCUACGUGCACGGUAUGAAUUGGAGCAACGGCCGAGCCAUGCUCGGGUGCACAGACUCGGGUUCGAUCGUCUACUCGGCGGCGACACUUGGCGUUGUGUUCGAGCCGACAACCCGCGUCCAGUCGCGCUACGUCUACCACAAGCAGCGCAUCACGAGUGUGGCCGUGCAUCCGCUCGGCAAGGUCGUUGCGACGGGGUCGUUUUCCCAGCUCGUUAUCUGGGAUGCCUCCUCGAUGGAGACCCUGGGCGUACACGCUGUGAGCGCACCCGUGCUCUUCCUCGCGUUCAAUGGCGCGGACCUCCUCGUGGCCGUCAUUGCCGACCGGUACCACUCGGUGGCGGCGUUUUUAUGGAAGGAAAUGCACCAGAUUGACGUUGCCCAAAACACGCUGGAGCGCGUGAUGGACUGCGCGUUUACGCUCGACGGCGCGUCGUUCGUGACGUGUGGCGUCAACCACAUUCGAUUCUGGACCGUCGAGAACCGAUACCAUUUAGCAUCGCAGCAAGGUGUGUUUGGGCGCGUCGCUUUGCGUCAGACCCUUCUCUGCGUCGCAACGGCCGGCGGCAACCUCACGGUGACGGGCUGCGAAGACGGCUCGCUGAUCCUAUGGGAGCACACGCACGCCGUCUGUGUUGUGCAAGCCCACUCGGCGCCGGUCAAGGUCGCCUUGUACCACGUGGCUGUCAAAACGCUCGUGACCGCCGCCUCGGACGGGUCUCUUCUCGUGUGGCAAGUGCCGCUGAAAGCGUCCGAGUCGCUCGUCCAAGCCGCGCGCUGGUCGACAUCGGCGUCAAUCGUUGGUGUCACCGCGCACGACGUCACGCUGGUCGUUGUCACGGACGAGAGCCUUCUGAUUGCCCUCUCUCCAUCGUGUCUCGAGUGGCUCGUCACACCGGUGAUCGCACUCCCAUCGGACGCACGGCGCAGCGCCGAGCCGAACGUGCUUUUAGCGUGGCAUGGCCUCGCAGUUGGUGCGAUUCGAGGUCUUGCGUGCCAUCCGACACAAGAUAUGAUUGUGACGGCCGGUGACGACAAGACACUGCGACUCUGGGACCUCCAUACGCACCUGCAGCUGCGCGCCAUGGUGCUGGCUUCCGCGCCGACGGCCUUGGCCUACUCCCCGAUGCCCAUGGCCGACGACAAGAUCCAUUUGGCGGUCGCCUUUGCAUCCGGUGCGCUGCAAGUGCUCGAUGCGGCAACACUUGAGUCUCUCACGACCGUGGCACUAAGUCACCACGCGUGCCGGGACGUCGAGUACGCACCCUGCGGCGCAGUCUUGGCGGUCGCCUGCCACGACGCCAAGAUUUACGUGGUUGCGAUCAAGGACAAGUUGUUGUAUACGCUCUCGAAAGUGUGCGAGUCGACGCUACCGGGCCGGAGCCCGAUCGCGCACGUCGACUUCAACUUGGACUCGACCAUUUUGCGUAGCAACACGCUGGACCUCGAGUGUGCCUUUUGGGACGUUGCCACCGGUGCACUUCUCGAGCACUCGGUCGCGGCGCGCGAGACGCAUUGGCACAGCUGCACGUGUCCGAGUAACUGGGCGCUCACCGGCGCGUCGCAGGGCAUUCCACUCUCGUGCUCGGACCGCGUCCAGUCGGAGAAACCUGGCGGUCGCUUGCAGCUGCUCUGGUACCCGUGCGUCGAGCGCAGCGCGGCCAAGACGUACUAUGGCCACGCCUCACCGCUGCACACGAUUCGAUUCAGCGCACGGAAUGCGUUCCUCCUCAGCCUCGGCAGCUUUGACCGGACGCUCUUUGUGUGGCGCACCGACUUUGCCGACGAGAUCAAGGAGCGUGCGUCGCUAACGGCGCAUGACGCCAGCGCCACCAAGGCGCACGCCGCGCUCGUCUCGGACGAGCGGCUUCUAAGUCACGCGUUUGAAGCCGCCAAGAAGGAAGGCGGCGAUGAAUUCUUAGCUGUCAAGCCCUGGCUGGGUGCGAUCCGCGAGCCGAGCGGGUGGACGUCCAAGCCAGACGACGGCGAUGCACCCAGUGGCAACCUCGAUCUCGUGUUUGUGCAUGGGUACCGGGGCUUUGAUACGCGCAACAAUCUCCGCUUUGGCGCCGACAGCUCGAGCUGCAUUUACCACACGGCGGCACUCGGUGUUGUCUACAACAAGCAGACGCACCGGCAGAUCUUCCAUUACGGCCACACGAACGACAUUCUCUGCCUCGCCGUGCACCCCGAAGGCCACUUGGUCGUGAGUGGCGAGGUCGGAAAGACGCCCAAAUUGAUCUUGUGGGAUGCCAACAGCGGGUCGAGUCUCUGUACGAUGGCAGGCUUCCACCGGCGGGGCGUUGCGCUGGUCGCUUUCAAUUCGACAGGCGACCUCAUUGUGUCGCAUGGCAUGGACGACGACCACAGCCUCGCCAUCUACUCGCUCCAAGGCAAGCUCGUCGCUUCGUGUUCAGCGUCCAAGCAAAAAAUUCUCUGCCUCGAUGUGCUCGCAAGUGACGGCGUGAGCGUCGGCGAAAAGACCGUGCUCUUCUGGAGCUUGUCCCAAACGACGAUUUCGCUCAAGAAAGGCAGCUUUGGCAAAGGCGACAGCCGCGGCACCGUGCUUGCUUGCAUUUUUGUGCUCAACGAGGCAGUGACGGGCCAAGCCGACGGAUCGCUCUACCGCUGGAAAGGCCGGGGCGUCACUGCCGUCCUCGCCCACGCCCACGAGGGUGCGAUCAACUGCCUCUUGCACGAUGUCAAGGCCAAGAACGUCUUGUCGGGCGGCCGUGACGGCCUCGUGCGGCUGUGGAGCUACAGCCUCGAGCCGCUCCUCUCGUUUGAUCUCCGCAAAGCGUCGUUGACAUCGGCGCUCAGCAGCGCCAAGUCCCGUGAGAAGGAUCGAUCCUGGACCCUCAAUGGCAGCGUUCGGAGCCUCAGUGUCGCGGACGGAAAGCUGCUUUUGGGCACACAAGGCUGCGAGAUUUGCGAAGUCGACUUGGCCGACAUUCGGGCCAAGAAGGAUGCGAUCGUCACCAAAUUUAUCGAAGGCCACGCCGGCGGCGAGCUAUGGGGCCUCGCACCGCAUCCUGAGAAGCAGCAGUUUGUGACUGCUGGCGACGACGGCACGGUGCGGCUCUGGGACGGCCCCAAUCGAACGCUCCUCGCCAAGCAGUCGAUGCCCAAGAAGUGGCGCGCGGUCGCCAUGUCCCCGGACGGCACCCAUAUUGCCGUUGGUGCCAACGAUGGCUCGGUUGUCGUGCUGAAAGAAGCGCUCGAUGGCGACGUCGUCGCGGACCUGCGCGUGAGUCUCAAGGCCAUCUCGGUACUGCGGUACGCGCCGGACGGCAAGACGCUCGCGGUCGGUAGCCACGACCAGCGCAUCUACCUCUUCGCCGCCCCCGCGUACACGAAGCGCUGCGUGUGCAAAGGCCAUAGCAGCUACAUCACGUCGCUCGACUUUUCAUCGGAUGCAAGCUAUCUCCAGAGCAACUGCGGCGCGUACGACCUCCUCUUUUGGCAAGCCGACAAGGGCAAGCAGGUCACAAGUGCAAAUGCGCUGCGCGACGUCAAGUGGGCCACGUGGACGUGCACGCUGGGCUGGCCCGUGCAAGGUAUCUGGCCCAAGGGCGCCGACGGCACCGACGUCAACGCCACCGCACGCGCGUCGUCGCAGAGAGACCUCCUCACGGUCGACGACAAUGGCCAUGUGAAUUUGUUCCGGUACCCGUGCGUCGCAGCGCACGCGACGGCCAAGACGUACCUCGGGCACUCGUCGCACGUGACCAACUGCACGUUUACCAAAGGCGACAUGUUUGCCGUCUCGACGGGCGGCCUCGACAACGCCAUCUUUCAGUUCAAAUACGCUGACAAGUAA